AUGGCUGUGUCCUGGGAGGAGUAUUUCCGACUGGCCUUACAGGAGAAGGUGAAGCGGGAGAGACCGGAGCAGACCAUGCCCCCCUGCCCCGCUGUGCUGCAGCUACUGGAGAAGAAGCAGGAACUGGAGGAUGCGGACAGGGACCUGCAGGCCCAGAAGGAGGUGUUCCAGGCCAGGAUGGUAGCCCUGCAGCAGCGCCGGGAACAGCUGGAACAGAAGAAGGGGGAGCUAAAGGGGUCCUUCUCCCGCUUUGACAAGUUCUUGCAGGACUCGGAGGCCCGGCGCAGCCGCGUGCUUCGCAGGGCGGAAGAGGAGCGGCACCGCGCGGACCGCCAAGAGGCCGAGGCGCAGCGGCUGUGCGCGCAACUGGAGGCGCUGAGGGAGGAGCGCGCAAGGCUGCAGCGCGCACUGGAGCGCCUGGCGCCCUGCGCUCACCUACUCGCACAGGUUCUGGAGCGACUUCCAGAGUUCCAGGAGGUGUCUGAGCUGGUGGCGCGCUUUGAUGGCCUGGCCAACACCCUGGUGGCGCAGAGACGCACGGAGCGCGACCAGCGGGCGGAGCUGGAGGCGGCACGGGCGCGGCUGCAGCAGCUGCGGAACACCUGGCAGGACGAGGUGCUCCAGCGAGCACAGGAGUGCGCGCAGCUGCAGGAGCGCCUGGAGGAGGCCCGCGAACGCAGGCUGCGCUGGGAAUCCAAGUGGAUUCAGAUCCAGAACACAGCGGCAGCCAAGACCCUGCUCCUGGGGCGCACGAGGAUGGCAGCCCUCAACCUGUUCCAGGUCGUGUGCCAGCAUCUGAGGCAGCCGCCCGCCUUGGUCCUGGAGGACACAGAGGGGCAGCUGGAGCAGGUGAAGCUGUUCAUCCAAGACCUUUCCAGCACGCUGGCCAGUGUCCAUCAGGAGGAAACUUGA